GGAGGGCGGGCGUGUCCGGGACGGCGGGGCCUGGCGGCGGCCCCGGCUCCCCUCGGCCUCCGGAGUGCCUUCAGCACCCCUCGUCUGUCCCCAGCCCUCCGCUCGGCUCCCCUCGGCCCCCUGAGCCCCCCUCGGCUCCCCGCAUUACCCCGAGCCCCCUUCGUCUCCCGUCAGGCCCCCCAAGCCGCCUCAGCCCACCGCGGAGAUGGAUGACGAACCCGAGCGGACCAAGCGCUGGGAAGGAGGCUACGAAAGAACAUGGGAAAUUCUUAAAGAAGACGAAUCCGGGUCGUUGAAAGCAACCAUCGAUGAUAUCCUCUUCAAGGCAAAGAGGAAAAGACUCUAUGAACACCAUGGACAAGUUCGACUUGGAAUGAUGCGUCACCUUUAUGUGGUUGUUGAUGGAUCAAGAACGAUGGAGGACCAAGACUUAAAACCAAACAGACUUACUUGCACUUUGAAGUUACUGGAAUAUUUUGUUGAAGAGUACUUUGACCAAAAUCCCAUUAGUCAGAUUGGCUUAAUUGUAACCAAGAGUAAAAGAGCUGAAAAAAUGACAGAACUCUCAGGAAACUCAAAAAAGCACGUAACUGCUCUGAAGAAAGCAGUGGAUAUGAACUGCAGUGGAGAGCCUUCUCUAUAUAAUUCCCUAAAUUUGGCCAUGCAGACUUUAAAGCACAUGCCAGGACAUACAAGCAGAGAGAUUUUGGUAGUCUUCAGCAGCCUGACGACAUGUGAUCCAGCCAACAUCUAUGAUUUAAUUAAGUGUUUAAAAGCAGUUAAGAUCAGAGUAUCUGUCAUCGGCCUAAGUGCUGAAGUUCGAGUCUGUACAGUACUUGCCCGAGAAACUGGUGGAACAUACCACGUGAUUUUAGAUGAAAGUCAUUUUAAGGAACUGCUGAUGCAUCAUGUUAGUCCCCCACCUGCCAGUUCGAGUUCUGAGUGUUCCCUUAUUCGAAUGGGUUUUCCUCAGCAUACUAUUGCUUCCCUGUCUGAUCAGGAUGCAAAGCCUUCCUUUAGCAUGGUGCAAUUGGAAAACAACAGUGAGCCCAGUCUCACACUGGGUGGGUAUUUUUGUCCCCAGUGCAGAGCCAAAUACUGUGAGCUUCCUGUGGAAUGCAAAAUCUGUGGUCUUACACUAGUGUCUGCACCUCACCUGGCUCGGUCAUACCAUCACUUGUUUCCUUUGGAUGCUUUUCAGGAAGUUCCACUGGAAGAAUACAAGGGGGAACGGUAUUGUCAAGGCUGUCAGGGAGAAAUGAAAGAUCAAAAUGUUUACAUAUGUAAAGUGUGUCAGAAUGCAUUUUGUGUGGAAUGCGACCUGUUUGUCCAUGAUUCUCUGCACUGCUGUCCUGGCUGUAUUCACGAGCAUCCUGCUCCCAUAUCUGUAUGACACCAUGUCUUUGAGAAAUUGUUUUAUUUAUGUCACUCUUGCAUGAAUUUUUUUUGUUCAGACAUUUUUUUCAUUCAGACAGUUUUGUUUAUUCAGACAUUAUUUUAACUGACAUAUCUCAGAACAACAAGAUGGUUAAAGAGGGGUGAUGUGCUGGUUUAAAGGUAAACCAUCAGGGGAAAUGAACUCAACUCAAAAGAGAGAUUAUAAGUCAGAAUAACAAUUUAAUAAAAUAAU